UGAGCUUGUUUGUGUCUCCUCACUGCCGUGACAACCCGUUUCAUCCUGGGGAAGGAAAUGAUACGUGAAAAAACAUGUUAAGAGGAUCAUCAAUCAUCAUUUUUUAUCUGUCUCUACUUUUUGAGACUUCAUUGACUCAAGUCAAACCAUGUGAGAAGGAGACGGAAUGCCGCAAACAUAUUUUCAGUUCAUCCGUCACAGAAAUCCCGCGCGUCCUGAGAACAGGUUUGACAGAGGUCAUCUUUCUGGAUAGUAAGAUUAAAACAAUCCCAAAAGCAGCCUUUGUUGAAAACCCCCAGCUUGAACUGGUGGAGUUCAUGAACACUGAUACCACAUCAGUUGAGCCGGGAGCCUUCGAAGGUUUGGUCAACCUCAAGCAUAUUGGGAUCUCCAGCACUCCAUUAACAUCAAUCCCAGUGACAGUCUUUCAAGACCUCGGCAACCUGGAGAAUAUUAUGCUAAAGUCUAACAAGCUCCACGCUUUGGAGAAAGGCUUGUUUGACAGCCUUAAAAAAUUGAAAGAACUCAAUUUGAUGGGGAACAAGAUCAACUCGAUUGAAGACGGGACCUUUGAUGAUCUUGAAAACCUUAUAAUGAUUCAUUUAGCAAAAAACAAUCUCUCCGCUGUGUCUACCGACUGGUUCUCAAACUUAAAAAAACUGCAGAAAAUUCGCCUUAAUGAGAAUCAGCUUACCACCGUCCCUGAAGAUCUUUUUCAGAAUUUGCCAAACUUGAAGGAAAUUGGCUUGCAGGGCAACAAAAUAACAGAAUUAUCACCAAAUAUAUUUCCACAUAAAGACAAGCUAAGCAAGCUGCUUUUGGAUGGGAAUCUUCUGACUGGUUUACCUCAAGAAUUUCUGGUUGGCUUCCCUCAGCUUAAUACACUGACUUUACAGAAAAAUCAACUGACUAGUCUACCACCAGUGCUUUUCGGAGAGAUGCCUGCAUUGACUGAGUUAAGUCUCAGUCAAAACAAACUCAGCACUCUUCCUAAAGGAAUAGUGAGCCCUCUGAAGAAACUCAAGAAGCUAGAUCUGUCUAAAAAUCAGUUUGUCACCUUGUAUGCUGAGUACUUCGAAGGCCUUCAGAACCUCAAAGAGCUGAAUCUGCUGAACAACAUGAUAAACUCGCUGAGGGCAGACGUGUUUGAAAAGCUACAAUCGCUGACCACACUCAAGCUAGCUCACAAUCACCUCCAGAUGCUUCCGAAGGACAUUUUUCAGCCUUUAACCAAACUCACAAAACUUUACCUCAAUGACAACCCUUGGCAUUGUGACUGUAAUCUGAUAUAUCUUAACGUGUGGUUGAAGGCGAACUCUGGCAAGAUUGUGUCUCCUGUGGUCUGUCAGUAUCCAGAAGAUCUAAAAGGGCGAGAUGUCACAUUAUUAACAGAGGAUCAACUCAUUUGCGCCACCCUUCCCGCCAUAACCACUAUCUUAACCACCACAACUCCCACAACUACCACGACACUCCCAACGACAGAACCAAUAACCACCAUCUUUACUACUACAACAGCAACAACCAUUUUGCCAACUACAGAACAAACAACCACUAUCCUUACUACUACAACAGCACCAACCACCAUUGUCUUCACCACACUACCGGCCACGACCACCACAAUCCCAACAACCACUAUUCUGCCAGAAACCACACCCAUUAUAAGCACAGCUAUAGCCACCACACCCACAACUUCAAUAACAACAACUGCACCCGUGACCACAAUAGCAACAACUUUACCUACAACCAUUAUAACAACUGCGCCCACCACUGCUAUAACAACAAUUGCACCCACCACUGCUACAACAACUGCACCCACCACUGCUAUAACAACAAUUGCACCCACCACCGCUACAACAACUGCACCCACCACUGCUAUAACAACAAUUGCACCCACCACAGCUAUGACAACAAUUGCACCCACCACUGCUAUAACAACUGCACCCACCACCGCUAUAACAACAAUUGCAUACACAACCAAUAUAACUGCACCUACGACCACAAUAACAACUGCACUCGACACCACUAUAAGCAUGCUCACAACCACAAAUACACAUACAACAACUAUGCCCAUAACCACCACUCUCCGAACUACACAACCAACCACCACGCAAACAACAACGCAUCCUCCACAAACCUCUCCAGUGGUCUUCACUUGUCCCUUGGAGCCACUCGCUCAGGGGUCAUCACCAUCCUUCACGUGUCAGUACAGAAACAAAGCUCAGCACUGCAAAUCUCAGCUGACCAUCUACACCACGCUGUUGGUGGUGGAGAUCACCUGCACACUGGCCCUGGCAAAGUUCACUCUAUCUCUUUACCGUUUGCUGCAGUGGAGGGAGAGGAUAUACCACAAGGUCAAACUCACCCACUUCUCCUACAGGAGAGAGGUCAUCCUCAGGCCUGUACGAGAGACAGAGACUCAGAGACUUUAAACAACAACAGCACUUUAGAGAACCUCCACUUGUUUGAUGCCAAUGAUGGUAAAUGAGCAGAUUAGCAGCCAUACUGCAUGACAUGUCAAAGCAUCCUUAAAAGAGUAAUUCCAGUAUUUUUAAACCUGGGCCCUAUUUUCACUAAUGAGAAAAAAAAGCUUUGGAAUUGGUCCAGUAGCUUGGGGGUAAAUGCACUUGUCAAAAUAUGCCGACAGACUGUGUACUGUCAUAUCCUUUGUUUAACAUCAGUGUGUGUGCCAUUUUCUCCUUUGUUUACUAUGGCGAAGGCAGGUAAUGCCUUUGCUGUGGUAGGAUCAGGCCCUUAGCUGCAGGUAGCCUGCUGUUAAUUGCUUUUUUUCAGGCUUCUGAUUGUCCAACAUGGCUUUAGGGUUAAGCUUAUAUUGCCACUCAAUGAUUUGGCAUGCUCUUGACAGCGCCACAACUGUGUUUUUGCCUGACAUUGUUCGUCGCCUGUUUGGUGCUGAGCAGGUAAGCAUGCAGUGGGUUUGUAGAGCUUUUUCACUGAAAACAGAGAGCGGUGAAAGUGAACCAAAACCUGAAACACACUCUAAUGCACCAUAGAGCUGAGGGGAACUGCAGAGUUGGGUGGUAAUUCUCUGUGGGUCUGUCACUAUGAACCACACUUUUCACAUACAAUUCAUCAUAUGUUCCAUUGUUGAUAUAAAAAAAUUGAUUGCAACAACUUUCAUAUAAACUCUAACAGAAUGUAUAUAAAAUGAUAUAAAUUACUGAUAUUAUUGCUGAUGACAUGUUUUAGCAGGUUGUAACUACACUGGAGAAAUGUCUCAACUGGAACUUUUUUUGCUGUAAAGGAUUUCUGAAAAAUGUUUAUAUUUGUAAGCAUAUGUGUUAUACACAUAAUGCAUUGUACAAUGAUUAAAAAAAACGCUUUUCUG